UUGCCGCAAAAGUCGGAGCACGUCCGCAGAGUACGAGCAGCUCACGGCGCGCCAUUUCCAAACGUCAAUCGGUCUUGUUUACAGCUGAAAUAAAGCGGCAAUUUAUAUCAACGAUGGAUGCAACGAAUUCAGUUUCGAAGGGGGUAUUUGUGUUUAAAAAUGGAGCAACGCGUGUCAAAGGACGUAAAAAGACCCAACGUUGUAACAGCCUCCUAGACACGAGCACAACAAAGCAGCAUUGGUUUCGUAUGUACAAAACGAACUGGGAACGUUUGCGACAAAUGAUACUGAAGAUGCAAACAAGCAGCUAUGGGAAAAUUAUCGAUGACUUGUUGAAAUUCAUUGAAAGCUGCCAACAAACGGACACGUACGAGGGAUUUCUUCCUACUGCGGCAUUGCUUACUGGUAUCAAUCAAACCGACCAUCUCUCCCAGUUCGAGAAGCUGGCCGAAGAUAUCCGCAACAACACACUCUCGAUUGUUGUGCUGCUGCCGUCCCGUGAUGGAUCCAGUCUUAAGCAGGCCGUGGAAACGAUUGUUGCUAAAUGCAUACACGGCCAACAAACAGAUACUGCAGAGGAGAAGCCGCUUCGUAAAAAUCAGCUCAAUCUGGACGUACUGCAUGCAUGGUACACUGAAACGCAUAUAAACUGUCGCGUUAAGCCAAAACUCACCAUUAUUAUCCCAGACUUUGAACUGUUCAAUCCGCUGGUUCUGCAAGAUCUGAUACUUAUACUGGAUUCUUACGCAACAACGCUGCCGUUCGUGCUUGUAUUUGGUGUGGCAACUGCUAUUUCGACUAUUCACAAUGUACUGCCAUAUCAUGUCACUAGCAAAAUCAAGCUAUCCAUUUUUCAAUCGGAACCAUCGGCGACCAAUCUCAACAAAAUCCUGGACGAAGUUCUGCUAACACCUUUCUGCCCUUUUCAUCUGUCCGGGAAAGUGUUUAAACUGCUUUUGGACAUUUUCCUGUUUUACGAUUUUUCCGUCAACGGUUUUAUUCAGGGGUUCAAGUUCGCCUUCCUGGAUCACUACUUUCAACAACCAAUUAAUGCGCUCAGUGCCAUCAUCGACGACGCAGACGAUUUACAAGCAAUCAUCAACGAACUGACAUCGGCCGAGCUGGAACAGAUACGGCAGCUACCCUCAUUCCGUCCUUAUGUGGAAUCUCUUCAAAAUCCCCAGGAAGUCAUCGACAUCCUUACGAACGAUGACUACUUCAAGCGAUCUCUCACGCCAAUGAUAAUGAAGGUGCAUAACUAUUGGUUUACUUUUCACUGCGCACUGCAAAUACUGCAUACACUUGUAUCCGACCUUCCCAAGGCACCGUUGGGACGGCAACUCCGUGAGCUCUAUUGUCAGUGUGUGUCUUGCGACGUUACUGAACAGCCCGAGUUCAAGGAAUGCAUGCAAUUGCUAUCGUUCCUGUCGAAGGAAGAAAUGUUGUUGAAGAUUAAACAGGUGCUGGAUGUGGUGUUACAGUGGGUUGAUCGGAACGAUCAAUUGAACAUUGAAGGUUGCUUGGUGUACGAAGUAGCACCGUUGGAGGCAAUGGCAAACGGUUUGGCGAUACUAUCCGAGGAGCUAGCAGUUGCUAGUCACGAACAAAUCGACGUAGAUACACAGCAGGACAAACAAACUCUACUGUCUAGCCAAAUGGGACGCCAAGAGCUGCGGGAAAAGCUGCUGACGGCGGCGAAACAUGCUAAAAGUGAAUCUGCUGCCACCCGAGCUGUAGGCAAGAUAAUGGAUUAUUUUCUAGGCAAUAUCUUCCAACGACACCUUCACCCACCGACAGGCAAAAAAGUGCCAUUAAUUGAACUGUUUCUGUACAAUGACAGUUCGUUCAUUCGUCGGCACAUCAUUGGUGCUCCUAGGGCCGCAGUUCACACUGCUCUCAACAAUCCCCAAUUUUACACGCAAUGUGAAUGCUGCACUCUCGAUGAAUCCUCCUGCAUUAUCCCAUCCUUGCCAGAUCUUUCAAUCGCAUACAAACUCCACUUGGAGUGUGGUCGGAUGAUAAAUCUGUUCGAUUGGCUGCAAGCAUUCCGUACCGUAAUCGAUGAUGUCAACAGUGACGGUGCAGAACAACAGAUCGAUCCAGUAAUUCAGGCUCGCUUCACUCGAGCAGUUGCGGAACUGCAGUUUCUAGGUUUUAUAAAAACAUCCAAAACCAAAACCGAUCACGUCACAAGACUUACAUGGUGAAAAUGUAGCAUUAGAAUUACAGAUAAUAAGUAUUGUUUUUAAAUACCUGUCGGUGUGCCUAAGUUGGCUAAGAAUCCACUAUUUAUGUUAGGCGUGUUCUCAAAUUUAUCUAUAAAUCUUAAAAUAUUGUAUAAAUCCUUUUCGAAUACAUAAAGUGCACCAAAUCAAAAUCCAUUGGUCUGGGAAAUUUUUAUGGUAAUGGUGAUUAAUUGAUUCACAAAAUAACCUUUCUACAUGAAAUGCUUUGUCUAAAAACUCCUGUAGCAUAACAAUGAAUUCAAUUAUAUACGUUUGAGUCCAUUCAGCUUCAACUGUCCAAACAGUUUUUAAUAUAUCAUUAUUCCGUUCCCAUCGUUUAUCAAGAAAAGUUUUAUUUCCCUAAACUCCUUUACAUUCAAAGUAUGUUGCAAUACAAAAAGUAUUUAAAUUCAUGCUGAAAGUGAAAUAAUGAUUUGUAGCAUGGAUCAUCAUCAAUCGCACAUAGGUUUUAUUUUAUUUUUUUACGUUAGCGUUCGCAUAAACAGCGUUUCACUGUUCAUCUACACAGUCUGUACCCGAGAUAUGCGAUUUUCUAAGUUUGACAGUCAAAUGGAAAACAAAUUGAUUUUUUUGCUAAAAAGUGCUUAAAAGCCAGAAAUAUCAAAAUUAUCGGUACAAGUUCUAUUAAAUCGCCGAAGCGUGGAGCGGCGUUUAUACGGGUACCUUUUAUUCGGCUAUCCGCUUAUUCGUGCUGUUCUGAAAUGACAGUCUAGUACAAAGGGAACAUUUCGUGCUGAGGAGGGUAUUUGAAAUAAUGCUUACCAGAGCCCAUUGUCAUAACAAAAAACGCUAUAAUUCAUGGCACAUUUCAGAUAUUCUCAUCAGAAAACCAUAAAGACAAUAAAAACUGGUUUUACCAAAAUAUAAUAUGAAUGAAAAACAAAUAUCAGGAAUUUGUGAUAAAAUAUACAGACAUCCCCCGAGUUACGACCCCCUCAAGUUACGACGAUUUUGAUUGUGACAUUUAAAAGUUGUCAUUGAGAAGAAAUUGAUGUAUUUUUUGAAUUUCUGUGCUGAUAACCACACAUUUCUACACACAGAUUCCAGAACUACUCUAUCUUGAAUAUCUAUAUCGGGUAAGGGCGGUGGCAACGCUUUUUGCAUGUGAUUUUAUCGGACGGCCAGUCA